CAGCAAUGUGCUUUGGAGUAACAAAAACUUUUGCCAGCCUCAUUUCAACUUUUUUUUCUGACGAAAAGGUAUGUAAACAAUUGUACAGCUUUAUGUCGGACCCGUUGGGACCCACAAUUAUCGAGCACCACUCUUAAUUACAUCAUUGCUGUUCAAAUCAACGCCUUUCGUCCCCUAUAGCUAGAACCAUCAUGUCACCCUCAACUUCCCAAUCAAUAAUUGAAAACGCUCGAUAUCACGCCGAUCUUCUCAAAUUACAAGAUGAGCUCUCGUACGCUCCUUCUGCCCUAUCACAACAAUCAACGUAUCUGGCCGACCUUCAAGAACGCGUCAAGAAGAUCAAGCAGAAUGUAGAAGAAUUUUCGAAGGUCACAAAGAAGGAGAGAAAGGAGCAUGAAAGGUUGAGAGACAGUACGGCGAGGCGAUUGACCGCGAAGCUGACAGGGAAGAAGGAGAAGUUUGAGGCGAAAAGGGAAAAGGAAGAGAGAGAAUAUAUCGAAGCACUCGAGGACGAAAUGAAGGAAAGAGGGAAUUUGAAGACAAUCGAGACUAUGCUAGUUGAAGGAAAUCGUGUCAAAGAUGACCUUUCCCAGAAAUCGCUGAGGCUGACGCAAGUUGAAAAUGAAAUUCAAGUUCUCUACGAUCGGAUCUUCGGUGGUCCAACGCAAGAAUUUCCUCGGGAUGACCAACUUGAAAGUCAACUAGAAUCCGCACAACAGGCCUACAAUGGUAUACAAGGACAUCUGAAUAGCCAAGCUCGGUCUGUGCAACUCCUUAGCCAAGCAGAUGCCGCCAUGCGCCGCUGUUUGGCUUCCAUGCAGGAAGCACUAGGUUACUCGACCUGGGACGUGUAUGGUGGCGGAACAAUGGCUGACAUGAUGGAAAGGAGUGCGCUCGGUGAGGCGUCCCUUGCAGCGGCUCGAGCGCGGAUGUUGGUACAACAGGCCCGGCAGACGUGCUCAGAUGUGAGGGACGUUGGGCCCAUACGUGUCUAUGAGAUUUCGAUGUUCGGAGACGUCUUCUUUGACAACAUAUUCUCUGAUAUCGCUGUGCAUCGCAAGAUGGAAGCCAAUCUUAGGGAACUCGCGCAAGGACAGGAACGAAUCAAACGAGAACUCAAGGCCGCGGCUGCUCGUUGUGAACGAAUAGGGCCAGACCUCAUUGAAGCGUCUGAAGUUCUCUCACAAUGCCGGAGAGAUCUCGUUCAGUAUAGAAGACAAACGUUUGAGAGGAUAUCUCGGGGUGAGGACAGUCAAAGCCCGCCUGCGUAUCAAGAUCAGGGUGCGCCUCCGCCUCCGUUCCCUCAGUCCACUGUAGAGCCAGCUCGUUCGUCAUCUCCACUUUCUGGGUUUUCUCAACCUACUACACCCUCGUACCCACCACCUCCUGGUCCUCCACCUACUUCGAAUCCGGCACCGCAAGCGCCACCUCCUCAACAUGCCUCUACGCAGUACCAGUCACCAGCUGGUCCGCCUCCGACCGAGCCAUCCCAAGCAGUACUGACUGAAGACAACCAAACAACUCCAUCUUCAGUGCCAAUGCGAUGGGGUAGUAAAAACCCGUUCGCGUCUGUGGUGAUGGGUGGUGAUGGCCAUGGUUCAUCGCAAUCCCAGUAUUCAAUGCCUGCGGUUUCAGGAUCUUCUGGUGACGCGCGGGAUCAACCGCAGGGCUCAUCGAGUGUGUUUGCAGAAACUGGGAGUUCGUCUUCCGCACCGAACCAUUGGGUUAGCAAAAAUCCAUUCGCGUUCUCAUUGAUGGGUGAACAUGCUCGUGGAGGUCAGGAACAGGAGCGUAAGAAGGUUGCAGAGUAGAAGGAGAAUCCUUGGGGUCCGCAGGGGUCAUGUUGUGCUGAUCAUCUAUCGUUAUUUUUGUUUUCCCCAAAGCGUUCUAUUUAUUUUUUAACUCAUAAGUGACCCGUGUCUUUUGUCCGUUUCAGAUAGCGACUCCUGGAUUGGUUUGAACAUAUUGAAUUCGAUUGACUGGUCU